AUGGCGGAUGGCGGGAAAGACGGGUCGGGCGUCCGGGGCAAGAGCUACGUGAUUGUGCACAACGUGAGCAAGAGGGCGAACGUCGGCACGCUGGCGCGCAGCUGCACGGCCUUCGGAGUGGAGGAGCUGCUCAUCGUGGGGAGCUCGAAGAACUUCAACACCUUCGGCAGUCACGGAUCAUGCGACUUCGUGAAGUUCCGGCACUUCUACACCCUGGAGGACUGCGUCGCGUGGCUCAGGGGGCGCGGCACGCGCGUCCUCGGCAUCGAGAUCUGCGACGGAGCGCACAACGUCGCCUCGCACCCCUUUCACGGCGACACCGCGUUUUUGCUCGGCAACGAAGGCGACGGGCUGUCCGCGAAACAGAUGGCCCUGUGCGACGGGUUCGUGUACAUCGCGCAGCACGGCGAGGGCACCGCGAGCCUGAACGUCACGGUCGCGGGCUCCAUCGUCCUGCAUCAUUUCGCGACGUGGGCGCGGUUCCCGGAGCGGGAACGCGAGGGAUUCAAGUUCGUGGUCGGCGACAGGCCGCCGCGGACCACCAAGCGCGGCGUCGUGCCGCCAACAGAGGAAGAGCUGGCGGAGAUCAGGGCGCGCCGCGCGGGCGCGUCGGCGCAGGACGACGGCGAGACGUUCGGCGGCGACCUCUUCGACUAG